AUGUCAUCCAAUCCAGGACAAAACCCGCCCUCUACUAAAGCGGUAAACAUCCCGAAUGCUUCGACCUCAUCUACGCCGUUCCACCAUACAACGUCCAUAGAAAACAGCGCUCAAAGGCGCGUAGGAGGCCCUGGGAGCUCCCGGGGUGGUAUUUCACCCAAGACUUCGGCCACUGCACGAAAUAAUCAAGCUCGGAGGAGUCAACACAACCGACAGAGAAAACCUCGGCUUUUGGAUGAUGACGAGUAUAACGAAUCGGUGGGUUAUCAGGCCGCCAUGAAAUCGACCACCAGCCGCAAGGGACAGACGUCCAUUACUCACUUGAUGAACUUUUCACUCCCGCCGCGUCCGCAGUAUCAACCACCACCUCGUAAUGUCAGGCGCUAUACAUCCUGGGGAGCAGGUACGGUCGACAAAGCGCGAUAUGUUCACGCGAACUAUCGAUUUAUCGUGAUGCCGAACCAGAGCUUCCAUGCUCAAGCCUCCAAUGCUGACGUCCACCUCGACUGGGCUUCGGUUUUACAAGUAUUGGUGUCUGCUCAAACCCAGGCUGCCAGCUGUCCGAUAUGUCUCUGUACUCCAGUGGCGCCUCGCAUGGCACGCUGCGGUCACAUUUUCUGUCUCCCAUGUUUGAUUCGAUACAUGCACGCGUCUGACGACGAGAACCCGGUCCCGGAGAAACGACACCGUUGGAAGAAGUGUCCUAUCUGCUGGGAUUCAAUUUAUAGCUCAGAGACUCGGCCUGUUCGCUGGUUCCGUGGCCAAGAAGGAGACUUGCCUGUUGAGGGCGGAGAUGUCGUUUUAAGGCUGGUGAAGCGAGAGUCUGGCAGCACGCUAGCUUUGCCUCGUGAUGGAUCUGAAGCGCUCGGCCCGGGCGAAGAUGUCCCGUGGUACCACGUGGCAGAGGUUGCUGACUACGCUCGAAUUAUGAAGGGCGGCGAAGACUACAUGAGCGCUCAGUAUGAUACCGAGAUCGAGCAACUCCGCCAACAGGAAGUUGAAGAUGAGCUUUUGUUCGGUGAUGAAAAUACGUGGACUCGGAAAGCUAUAAAUGCUAUCGCCGAUGCCAAAGAAAAAUUGAAGGGGAUUGGCAAUCCACCUGAGGUGCGACCUGUUAAGGAACGCGCUGCCGCGACAGUGCCUGCUGCUAGCCCUUCUGCGCCAUCUAUGACGCAAUCGGCCGUCUCAGAUGAAGCAGAAAACCUUACUCGGGCGUUAAAUGGGGUUCAGAUCGACUCGGAGCCAAGCACUAAACCCAAAGACAAAGCCCGCGGCAAGCAACCACAGGCUUCGUCUGCGUCAGAUCACCCUUACCAUUUCUAUCAAGCAUUACCUCAGUUUUAUCUCUCGUCUUUGGAUAUUCGUAUCCUGAAGGCUGCAUUUGAGGAAUAUUCUCUCUUCCCUGCGACCAUCCUUCCCCGAGUUGAGCACAUCUCAACGGGGCAUAUUGUCGACGAUGAACUACGCAAACGAGUGAAAUAUCUCGGCCAUCUUCCCCAAGGUUGUGAAGUCAACUUCCUGGAAUGCGACUGGAGAGACGUGGUUGUUCCUGAGGUGCUGGACCGGUUCCGCUCCGAAACCGAUCGACGGCGGAAGCGCAAUCGGGAGAAGGAGGCACGGGAAGAGAAAGAUCGCAUUCGUGCUGAGAAGGAGGAAGACGAUAAACGGUGGGCAGCUGCUCGACGCAAGCGGCCCAGUAUUGGUGCCGCUAGCUCUAGCGAGGCUCCAUUCAAUGCUUGUGAUUUCCAACCUCUUCCCAGCAAUGUUGAACCGGAGUUCGAUGCGGGCACCUCAUCCGCGUCACCGCCGCGCUCUACUUCUGGCUUUGGGGCUUUGGCGUCCCCCUCCGCCAGCCCCCCAGGCAACCGGACCGUGUGGGGUACCACGGUAGUAGGUUCCCUGUCGCCCAGUCUCGAAGCUACCGCCAGUGAUGGGUGGCGACAGGGAUGGGAAGAUGAGCUGUUUGCUCAACAGGAGUCGGAGCUACUCGCACAAACCUCAUUGGCACCUCCUGAACAGGGCUCUGCCAGCAGCAAGAAAAAGAAGAAGAACAAACAAAAGAUCACGCUGAUGGCGACCAACAGCCAGCGGGGAGCAUAG